GCGGGGGGGCGUGAUGGCGGCGGGGGGGCCGCGGCGGCGGCGGCAGCGGGUGGCCGUGGUGGGCGCGGGGGCGGCGGGGCUCUGUGCUGCCCGGCACCUGGCCGCCCGGCCCGCGGCCUUCGCGCCCCCCGUCCUCUUCGAGGCGGCCGCCCGCCCGGGGGGCACCUGGGUGUACGGCGAGGGGCCCCCCCCCCCCGGCGGCCCCCCCCGCGCCGCCCUCUACUGGGGCCUGCGGACCAACCUGCCCAAGGAGGUGAUGGCCUUCCCCGACUUCCCCUUCGCGGAGGAGCUGCCCUCCUUCCUGCCCCACGGCGAGGUGCUGGCCUACCUGGAGCGCUACGCCGCCGCCUCCGGCGUCCUCCCCUUCAUCCGGUUCCAGCAGCUGGUGGAGGACGUGAGCCCGGCGGAGGGGCCGGGGGGCGGCUGGACCGUCACCUCCCGCGGGCUGGGGGCCGGCGGCCGCCGCCACACCGAGCACUUCGACGCCGUCAUGGUGUGCACCGGCCACUACUCCACCCCCGUGGUGCCCCACAUCCCCGGGCUGGACACCUUCACAGGCCAGGUGCUGCACAGCCACGAGUACCGGCGCCCCGAGCCCUUCGCCGGCCGCUCCGUGGUGCUGCUGGGCGCCGGCCCCUCCGGCGUCGACCUGGCGCUGGAGCUGGCGCCGGUGGCCCGUAGCGUCACCCUGAGCCGCCGGCCGCCGCCGGUGCCGGGGCUGCCGGCCGCCGUGACCCAGGCGCCGCCGGUGCGAGCCGCUCGGGCCGGCACCGUGCUCUUCGCCGACGGCACCGCCGCGGACGCCGACGUGCUGCUGCUCUGCACCGGCUACGCCUACGCCUUCCCCUUCCUCCGGCCCGGCGCCCUGGGGCUGCGGGUGGCCCGGGGGCUGGUGGCCCCGCUCUACCGGCACUUGCUGCCGCCCCGCCACCCCACGCUGGCCCUGGUGGGGCUCUGCCGCCACGUCUGCCCCUUCCCCUUCUUCCACUGCCAGGUGCUCUUCUUCCUCGCCGCCCUGGCGGGCGCCUGCGCCCUGCCGCCGGCCCGGCGCAUGUUGCGGGAGGCCGCGGCCGAGCUGGCGCGGCACCGGGCGGGCGGCGGGCGCCGGCGGCACUUCCACCGCCUGGGCCCGGCGCAGUGGGGCUACUGCGAGGGGCUGGCGCGGCUGGGGGGCUUCGCCCCGCUGCCCCCCGUGCUGCGGAGCCUCUACGAGGAGGUGGGGCGCAGCCGGCAGCGCGACGCCGGAGCCUACCGCCGCCGCCGCUACCGGGUGCUGGACGCCGAGCGCUGGGAGGUGCUGAGCGACGGGGACGGGGACGGGGACGGGGACAAGGACGGGGACAAGGACGGGGAUGGAAGUGGAGGUGGGGACAGGGAUGGAGAUGGAGACAGGGAUGGGGCUGGGGACAAGGACGGGGACAAGGACGGGGAUGGAGAUGGAGAUGGAGACUGGGAUGGGGAUGGUGAUGGGGAUGAAGAUUGGGAUGGAGAUUGGGACGGAGUUUGGGACAGCGAUGGGGACGAAGAUGGAGACAGCAAUGGGGAUUGGGACAAAGAUGGAAACAGCGAUGGGGAUGCAGAUGGCGAUGGCGAUGAAGAUGGGGAUGGAGAUGGGGACAGGGAUGGGGACAGGGAUGGGGACAGGGACGGAGAUGCCACCACCACCACUCCUGUAGAAUAAAGCUCUGAGGCAGG